UGUUAAGAUGGGAAAGGUCUUGUUUGCACCCUCCCCACGAGGUGUUUGGUUUUUGCUUCAGAGGCUGAAGGCGGCCGUCCACUACACCGUGGGCUGUCUUUGCGAGGAGGUCGCCUCGGACAAGGAGAUGCAGCUCAGCAGACAGACCAUCGCGGCGAUUUCGGAGGUGGCCUUCCGGCAGUGCGAAAGUUUUGCCAAAGACCUUGAAAUGUUUGCAAGACAUGCGAAAAGAAGCACAAUUAACACGGAAGAUGUGAAGCUCUUAGCCAGGAGGAGUAAUUCACUGCUAAAAUACAUCACAGAGAAAAGUGAAGAGAUCACUAAGUUUAAUGUAGAACGAAAAACAAAGAAGAAAAAGAAACUAGAGGAUGAAAACAAAGAUUCGUCGGAGCCAGCAGAGGCUGGAGGCGUGGGAAGUGAGAGUUAAACUCUGUCACCACUUGGACAAAGCCCUCACGGGGAGAGCCCCCGAAAUGCAUAUUGCCACAGAGGGAACUUUGAAGGGAGAAGAGAUUAAACAACAGAAACAGAACAAGAGGCGAGGGGGCCGUUGUGCUCUUUCUCCAAGUCAGUGACCGCAAACUUUAAAAAGAGCGUGGGAAACGCAAGCAGAACGCCCCGGCCCCGUCCCCGAAGCACAUGGAAAGGUUCGUAUUUCAGUGGUGUGCAUUGGGCGUUGUAUCUAUUGCAAUUAAUAAAAUUGUGUUGGCAGUUAAA